AUGGCAUCUACGGCUUUCUCCGACCACUACCAGUGUCCCAGCUGCCGAGCCCGGAACGACGGCUACUGGGCGGUGCUCGUGGUUGAUGUGGCGCGAGUCACAGAGGCCAUGAUCCAAUUUCCGGCACUUGUGCCCUCCAGAAGCCGUCCCGGGCCUCGCCAAUUUCGCGACCCAUGUUGCCGCACUGACCACGCUGCUGCAGCCAAGUGUUCGGAUUUGGUAGUGCCCCAACUGGAGCAAGAUUUGUCGGAAUUUCGA